AUGUCCGCCGACCAGGACACCUUCACCUUCCUACCGCUCCACAUGGACCCCCAGUCCAAGGCCAUAUCCAGCACGCACCCGUCCACGUCGUCGCGCGCCCUGGCGCAGGAGCUCGAGACCCUGAACGCGCUCCACCGCUCGCUCCUGUCGCUCGAACACCCGGCCGUGGUCCCCCCGCCGCCGGUCCCCGUGCACCCGAAGCGGUCCAACAACAUCACCAAGCUCAAGGAGAGCGGCAACAAGUCGUUCAAGGAGGGGAAAUACCAGGAGGCGAUCAAGUUCUACACCCUGGGCGUGCAGAUGGCCCUGACGAGGCCCGCGUGGGAGCCGGCGGGCCUCAUCCGCGACGAGAGCGCCAUGCUACUCGCCAACCGCGCCCAGGCCCACAUGGAGCUGCGCGACUGGGUCGAGGGCGGCGCCGACGCCGAGUGCAGCGUCGAGGCCAAGAAGGUCGGGAACCCAAAGGCCUGGUACCGCCGCGGCAAGUGCCUGUUCGAGAUGGGCCGCUACGAGGAGGCGAGGGAGUGGGUCGGCAAGGGCCUCGAGAUGGAGGGCGAGGACGGGGAGCUGGCCAAGCUGCUGAAGGAGAUCGAGGGCAAGCUGCCCAAGUAA